AUGAUUACAAAUCAGGAGUUCAAUGACAGUAUAGAAGAGUUCAUUUCAAUUAUAUUAGAGAACUUGAAGUUGAAAGGCACAGACUUUGGAUUUUCUGUUGGUAAUCACUACGUGAAUAAAUGGGCCACCAACAAAAUGUAUAGCUUUAUCAGUGUUUCCGUGAAACGCCUUCGUAUAGAUUUUACAAUUUCUUUUGACGACUUGUAUAAUGUGCCGUUGUUCAACAUGAGAUUAUACGACAAUGAUACGUUUCUAACAUCACCAAUGACUCAAAAUACGUUGGCAGUUGGGUUAUCUGCUGUUGAUUUACAAAACCAUCACCUUUUUCACCAGCCUUGGUUGCAAGUGCAUCCAUGUGAAACGCUGCAAACAAUUGAUGAUCAUUUGAAAAAUUUUCCCGUCUGUAAAUAUAACCUGGGUAUACAGUAUUUAUGCUGCUGGUUUGGGUUAUACGGCUUGCCUUGUAUAUUCCCACAAUUCAGCGUAAGACCAAAUAUAUAUUAA